UGCUUCCUCCAGGCCGCCAUCCAGAUGUUGCUGUGCAUGACCUCACAAUUCUGCCUGCUGGUCCUACCGGUGAUGUCACUCAUCCUGCUUUUCUCUCCCAUUGGUCGGAGCUACGACAGCCUCACCCCAGGGUGCCACCUGCACCCCUUCAACGUGACCAUCCGCAGUGACCGCCGGGGCACAUGUAAAGGCACCCACCUUGUCUACGCCUGCGUGGGCUACUGCGAGUCCAGCGCCUUCCCAUCCAGGUACUCUGUGCUGGUGGCCUCCAACUUCACCCACAACAUCACCUCGGCUUCCCGAUGCUGCACCAUCAGCAAGGACACUAAGGUCAAAGUCCGCCUGGACUGCCCCCGAGGUCGUCACCAUGACGAAAUAGAGAUCCUGUCGGCUAAGGUGUGUCGCUGUGACAUGUGCCGCAAGUCCCGCUACUGACCCAACAAGAGGGUGUAGUGCAUAGCUAAUGUAUACCGGGAUAAGAGCCACAUUUAGUCAGUUAAGUGCUACAAACUCAUAAAUAAUUGAAAUACAACCCUUCUGCUAUCUAUUUCGAUUUGUUUUGGAUGUUGAGGAACUGAAUGUGUCAAACCAGUGUGUCAUUCAUGUUCACAAGUGAUGGAAUAAUCUCUGCAGAUUAACCAUGUGACUUUGAUAUUCAGGCAGAGUAACACCAGCCAGGGACUUACAAAUAAGAUCAAAAUGGGAAGUUCAAAAGAUUGUAACGAUUUGCGUGGGUGUGUUUUUGUAAAGUGUGACCUAAUGGAGGUUAGAGCAGUCACACCACCGUUUGUACCUACAGUAAUGUCACAGGAGCAAGUGUAAGUGCACGGGUACGCUAGAGUUUAUAAUCGAGAGUAAAUCACUCACUACCACCAAAAACCAAUGACUUAUUUCCCACUUUCACAUUUUCAAUUAUGGCACAAUGAAUGGCAACUUUACAUUGCGUCGCACUGACCACCAUUCAACAACAAAACAGUAAAUAUACAGCCAACCUCUGAAAUCAACAUCAACAUCAUGUAUUCAAGCAGUUUCAUUCUUUGCAAUAACCACUACAAAUACAAGAGACCAAAGAAUGUACACCUUUUAUUUAUAUUUAUGAAUUUGAACUAAAGGACAUUUUGUAAAUAGUA